GAGGACGAGCUGCAGAGGCAGGUGGCGCUGCUGACCGCGCAGUGCGCCGAGCUGACGAAGCAGGUCCAGGACAUGGCCAGCUCGGUCCAGGGCCUCUCCGCGCACCGCAACCUCGUGCUGCGCGCCGGGAGGCCGGCGACCCGAGACGCGCUGCUGGAGUUCCGGCCCACGCUGCCGAUGGUCGAGUACCAGCCCACGCACGUGUCCCAGCUGCAGAACGAGGACCUGGCGAUCCUAGGGCAACUGGGCAACCACGCCGCACACAAAGAACGCCUGCUGCGGGAGAUCAUGCAAGUAGACGGCGUGAGCUGGGAGAAGGCUCACGAGAAGCUCGCUGAGAUGGACGAGUACAAUGAGAUGCCCUACUGGCUUCAGACUACGCCCUACCGCCUGGGCAUCUCCGGCGCGGUGGCGGGCGCGGUCGCGUCAUG